UUGAGGUUUGUCUGUCUUUGUCCCAGGUUUUCAUGGACUUAACCAACCGAAAAACCAAAUAAAAAUGUAAAAUACUCACAUUUUAAGUAAUAUAAAGUCGCGAGUUUUGCUAAUCUUGGCGGCAUUUCUGAACUGUGUUACUCUUCGCGGCAAAUCGCGGGUUGUGCUAGUUUUCGUUUGAAAAUUUGAACUGUGCUAGUCUUCAUAGGGAGCGACGAUAUAAAUAACUUAUGUGUAUGCGAGAUUAGACAAAUAUAAAUGAAAUGCGCAAUCGUUUAAAAUCACAUUCAUAAAGAUUAAGAGUUGCGCAGCAGCUCUCAAAAGGAAUAUAGUCGACGCGCUCUUUUCCCGGAGACAAAAUGAAAGUUUUUUCAAUUGUUCCCUUCUUUUUAUUUUACAAUAACUUAAUACUCAUGAAAGCUUCAAAAGAUACAUUCAAGCUAGAACUCGUACAAGUGGCAAGUAAAAAAAAGCAAAAUUAAUCUAAUUUGGUAUAAAGCCGUCAAUUUAAAUCUCUGUGUAUAAUUUAGUUAUUUAGACAUGGAGACAGGACACCCGAAAAGGCCGAGAUUUACAAAACCGAUCCCUACGAUCCAGACUUCUAUAAACAAUAUGGCUACGGGCAGUUGAAUAGAGCUGGCAUGCAACGUGAGCAUAAACUCGGCCAAAUGUUGAGACAACGUUACAACGAUUUCCUCGGCGAUUACAAUAUCGACGACAUCUACGCCUACAGCACGGACUACGAUCGCACGAAGAUGUCUCUGCAGCUAGUAUUGAAUGGCCUGUAUCCUCCAACUGCCAAAACACGUUGGAGUAAAAAUAUCGAGUCGUUUCCGGUACCUACCCACUAAAAGCCUUUCGAAACCGAUUUCAUAUCGUUUGAUAUUUAUGCAAAAUGUUCGCAAGGGUAAUUACUUCUAUAGCAAUAUUAUUUAUCGUCAUACGAUCGCAGGCUUGUAGUACCAAAUUGUUCAGGUACAUAAAAUUACUGGAGAAAGCUGGAAAGUUACCUGAAGUUAUCAAGAAGUUCGAAGAGCACAGAGACUUUUUCGACUCCGUCAGAGAUGAAACUCAAAUAACUUCUGAACAAGUGGGCUCAGUUUUUUUAAUACCUACGAAUCUGCAAAGCGUUCUGAGUCUAGGGCUACCCUUCCCAGACUGGUGUUCCGAGGAAGAUUACAAAAAACUUCAAGUGAUUCAAGCGUUGUUUUACGAUCUUAUGGCGCAGACCGAAUCGAUGAGAAAGAUCGCAACUGGACCUGUCAUCGAACGAUUCUUGGAAAACGUAAGAAAUAGCGAGAAACUGAAAAAUCGGAAGAAACUUUACCUCUACAGUGCACACAAUAUCAACGUGGCACUUUUUAACAGAGCUCACAACUUCGCGGGUAUCCCGAAAAAUCCCGCCUAUGGGAGUGCAGUGAUUUUUGAAAAAUUAAGAGGACCAGAUGAUCGAAUUUAUUUGAGAAUGUUUUACUGGACUUGUGUAUCGGAGAAACUGAUCGUAUUAAAACUCGACGGCUGUGACGAAUACGAAUGUCUCUUAUCAAAUUAUGUAGAUAUCAUCAGUCCAAUUCUUCCCGAGGUUGGAUUUGCGAAGUGUAAAACAUCAGCGUAUGACAGUUACAGAAUCAAUCUGACAAUGCUCUAUUUGUUUGCUGAAGAAGAUCUGUUUUCAUUUAAAUAGGGACACGAAUUAUUGUUAUAAAAUGAUUUAUUUUCAAUUGUUUCAACUGGAAUUGAUAUCACUGAUGAUUGAUUUUUAUUAUUGUACAGUCAAAUGAUGUAUAAUAAUUAGUGAUAAUGC